CGGAGCGCGCGGGCCCAGCAUGGCCAGCUGGGUGUUCUGUAACCGUUGCUUCCAGUCGCCGCACAGGAAGUCGUCCUUCAGCCUGACCAGCUGCGGGCACGUGUACUGCGAAGCCUGCCUGCUGAAAGGUAAAAAGGAUGAAUGCAUGAUCUGUCGAGUUCCUUGUCAUACAGUUUUACUCUCAAAACAUACCGACUCCAAUAUCCAGGAGUUCUUUCUGGGCAUAGAUGGUCUGUGUAAGAAGUACUCCCAGGAGACCUCUCAGAUUUCAGAAUUUCAAGAAAAACACAGGAGAAGAUUGGUGGCCUUCUAUAGAGAAAAGAUUUCUCAGUUGGAAGACUCUCUCAGGAAGUCAGCGCUACAAAUUGAGCGGCUGCAAAGUACAAGACCAUCACAACAACCAGCUUUGAACACAAUAAAAAAUUCAGUUUCAACAAAGCCAAAUGGAUAUCUGCUUCUGCCACCCAACUCUGACAGAGUGGAUGCAAUGGAAGUUGACCUGACUCCUCCCACAAGAAAACCAGAGAUCGCAGUGGGUCCUUCAAGAAUCUCUCUGAUUAGUCCACCACAGGAUGGGCGCAUGGGCAGUGUCUCCUGCCGAGGCUCCCAGCAUCUCAGCUUGACGCCCAGUCAUGGAAACAUGGUAAAGGCUCUCAGGGUCACACCACUGUCGAUGCCCUACAAAGGACCAUCUCCAGCUCCAGCUUCCCAGCCACCCAGUAGAGGGACACGAGGGGUCUCCCCUAGCCUCAGCAAUUCACAGUCUGUGCCACCCCGUCAGCCCAUCAGCAUCUCAGGCCUGCUUCAGAGGCAACACUCAGGGUCAGCUUCCCCUGGGAGGAUGGACACUCAAAAGAUGAACCCAUUCUUGUCCUCUAUGUCUACUGAUCUUCACUCUGCAACCAAUCCCUGGUAUGUGUGCACACAUCGGUGA